AGCUAUGAGAGACUUGUGGCAAAUCUACUAACAAGAAAGGCUGCGACCUUUUGCCUUGACCUCGGCCUAAAUAAUUAGUAUUGGUACCCGGCAGUACGUCAUCGCGUACUAACGUAUACAAAGUCGCUGUUGGAGACCCGUGUCGUGCAUGGCAAUGCUUCAAUGUUGCAAUCUUAGUCUAGAAGUCGCUCAAUUUCUUCUCGUUUCCGGCCUGUUUUGCUCACACUAACCAUGACUGUGGGUCAGAUUUCCGACUGAUUACGGUGCACCGGGUUAUCCAGAAAUAGCCGCCCAGUGGAGCUGUAUUUUCCGGGAAGAGAUUCUGGCUGUACAUAGAGCUGUUUGGAGUGGUCGGUGAAUCACCGUGAAUCGGCGACGUGGGCAACCGACGGCUAGCCGCGGCGCACUGCUGUUUUUUUUGCGUCCAAUUGAUCCAUCAAAAUUGAAGGGUAGAUGCCCGAGAACUAGGCCUAGCGGCACUAGUAAUACAAUUUUUGCCUCGGUCUAACUCCCAAAUGGCAUCCCUUGCGACGUUUGCUAACACUGAACUUGUGAUGGAAAAUGGCUGCUGCCGAAAGGGUGUUUCUUAAGCAAUCCGAUUCGAGAGAACAAGCGGAGGAACGGACAGAUUAUAUGAGUGCAGACGAAAUAGAGAGAAAAGCAUUGUGGCUCAAGACUAAGCUAAAAGAAGGUCCCAUUGAUGGCCCAUCCAGCUUGAAGACCUACCGUGAGGACAUUCGUCAGAUCCUCUUCAAGGAAUUCAACAGCCCCAUCAGCGACUUGGAGAUUGGCGUGGUGCUGCGUAGGGCCUUCCCCAAGCACAGCCGCAAGGGCAAGUACUUCUUGGGGAUCGGGUCUUGCGGCGUCAAGAAUGCCGAUGAGAGUAGCCGGAAGAUUACAACAGACAACCCAAAGUCAUUGAUGACCGUACAAUCAGACGGCGAUAGUAGAGAGCCCUCCCCAGUGAUGCUGAAACCAGUCAAGAAACGGGCCAUCCAGGAAUGGAGGGAGACGGAGAACGGGCAAGCGUUCGCCGCUGACCAGGUCAAAAAUCUCAUCCGUGAUGCCAACAACCAAGCGUCAGCACCUGUUGUGUCCGUUGCCCCUAGCGAUGGCCUGGUGGCACCCCGCUGGCGGCCAAUGCUUGUGCUUCCUCACCACCUCCCGAUGCCCCCGCGGGGCAUGCUGUUCCCUGCCGGCGGCCUGCCGGGGACGAUCCCCAUGCCUCAUCCCAUCAUGGCUACCAGUGAACCCAACAACAAUAUCAACCGCAGUCUGGCACAGUCCAGGCCGCGCAAGCGGCACAACGUCGACCUUGGCGGGUUCCCGAAAAUGCGAUACGGGGCUGAGAGAGCCAACAAGAAGCCGCGAAAGGAAGGUGCUAUGAUUGAGCUGUCCUCCCCGCACAAUGGACUCGUAUCCGAAUGGAAGAACCUAGCCACCAUGCAGCCCAUCAUAUUGGACUUUGAGGUUCCACCGCCUAAACUACCUCUACGGGUUCCCUCACCCGCCAGCUCCAGUCCGUCGCAGGACAGGCCCAGUGCAGACGAGACGUCAACAGCAAAGGAGCGAGUCAAAUCUGAAGAGAUAACCAACCAUGCUGACGGCAAAUCAGAGAGGGUGCCGGUAAGCCCACGUGCUGGGGAAAGUGCUGAAAAUUCUCCAUCCAGACAGGAAGAGUCUACAAACAAAACUCUACAGGUACCUUCAGGUGAUCAAGGAAACUCUCCGGAUAGUAAGAGAUGCCAAGAUAAUAAGAGUCCUCAUCCAUUCAAGAAACCGGACAUUGACAAUUACAGGAACAAUGUCUCGGCCGGACGCUGCUUCAUGUGUCAAAAUCCGAUUCCACCUAAUACCGGCAAAGAUGCAUCUCCGCAAGAAAGUGCAAUAUUCUCCAUUUGUAUAAAGUGUAAGAAAGUGGCCAUGUCCGGUGCCAAGUCACUGAAGCCUGUACCAAAGUUCCCUUAUGCCUGCAACCCGAAGCUUGCACCCAGAACUGUCUAUGUUCCCCCACCGCGGAGACAGUAUCGCCCGAGGCCACCUCCUCCCACGGGUCCCGCGAAGGCAGUAGGGAUACGACUUUAUCCGCCCAGGUCACGUUCUAAGUCCUCUACUUCACAGCGAUCCACCAUGGUUCAGUCACCUUUGGUACCCCCAAGUUCUCCAGGUCAGAUGUCGAUGCCGGGCUCACCCGCACCUAGUCUACCUCUUGGGAGUCCUCAACCAAUGUCACCAGCCAUUGUGAUGCACAGUGCUCCACCAAGUCCCAGGCACUCAUCAGACUCUGGGAUCAAGAUGAGUCGAUCUUUGCCUCCUAGUCCGUCCAGGAUCUAUCAGCAUCCCUUGUCUCCAGCUGGCCCUGAUUCCGGGGAGCCUGAUGUUCCAAAGAGAAUACCCUCUGCGUCUCUUCAAGUCCCUAGCCCCUACAGUUCCAAUCCCUCAACUCCUGGUGGCAGGGAUUCCACUUCAUCAGAGAGAUUAUCCCUGCCACCAGGACGAGAGCAAGAUGACGCAACCAUCAAAGCAUUGCUUCAGUUAGGUAGGGGUGGUGUGGAGAGGACUCCCUCAGAGCAUAGCACUGAGAAUACUCCUGUUCCUUCUCCAACAAGUCGACCUCCUGACAGGGACUCUGUACUGACGCCCAAUCCCACCAGCAGUAUUCCCAUACCUCACUCUCCAAACAAUAUACCUCAGGUUGCAGUGUCUAGCAGCCUGCCACUCCUUGGAGGGCCGGUGCCUAUGAUCCCAUCCAAUGCAGGCGUGGUGAUGGGUCCCGGAGGCCAGCUUUUACCCAUUGUUCCAAGCUGGCCUCUGCCAGGAGGCUACCCGCCUGUGUCCUUACUUAUUCAGCAACCUCUGGCCCGAGAGUCAUCCAGCCCCACUGUAUCAUUAGCAACCUCAGAUUCGCUCCCUUCAGGCAUCAGGUCUCGCUCUCUGCUGGAACCAGCAAAGACAACCGCUGGACCUGUUGACAGCUACUCCUACGACCUAUCCACACUCAAGUAUCGUAAGGGCUUAAAGAGAUCUCGUCUAGUAGAUAGGACAACUGACUCCCCGAUUGCGGACCCAGUGCAUGAAGAGAAGUCCAAACAGCCCAUUGUGGUAGUUGGGACAAACUGCGCAGGAUCCACUUCAGUUAAACUCAAGAACAACCCUAAGGAGCCCAUGUAUCACCAGGAGCAGGGUUCCCGAGAUGUGCCAGACUUUUACGGGAAGCCGUUCACCGCAUUCUGCUGUCGCUGCUCUGGACGUGAUAUCAUGUUGCUGCAGUGCCCAGACUGUGACUUUGUCUGCAAUAGCAUGUAUUGGAUGGAGCAGCACAUUGCCUCCCAGCGUCAUUCUGAGAGUCACAACAACAGUGGAGUGCUGGAGGUCACGACCCGACAUGCAAAGGAGGCUGAUGAUAGGGACGAGAUUGCAUCUCAGUCAUCAGUUGAGACGCAGUCGGCAGAUACUGACACUGAUGCUGCAUCACCACCUCCAACAAGGGUACCCCAGGAGUUACCUUGGUCAAGAGUCUCAGAUCCUACAAGUCGGCUACCUCUUCCCCUAUGGCAGGAUAACAUCUUACGUGUCAUGCCAGAACGCAGCAUUCCAACAGAGACCCUCCCACCAAGACCUAGCCAGGCCAAAUUUGUGGUCUCCUCCAGUUUUGGCAGCUUCGGAACUGUAACUGAAAACACAGUACCUUUGGAUCUCAGUGGGAGGGCCUUCCACCAAACUCCUUAUUUUCCGUUUGAGUUGAGGGAGCCCAGGAAGGAUGGCUCCACGGAGGAAUCAAGCCCACUGGAUCUGUCUGGAUACAGCCGAUCAUCCUCAUCCAUCAUGUCUGCUGAGGGCAGCGGUAGCGUGCAUCCAUUUCUGACCACCAGGAAGCUUGGACCUCAGCCCAGCUUCAAGGUCAAAAAGACUCCAUUGGACUUGAUAUCUAGUCAGCAUCCAUUAAAUGCGCCCAGUCAUGCUUCAGUGACCACAAGCACUAAGACAUCUUCACAGCCUCCAGUACCACAUACCUUCUUUGAUCUGAUGCGACUUCACGGCAUCCCAGUCCCCACAACAGCCAUGACGUCAACCACGAAUACCUCCAAGAGUCUUCAAUCCCAAACUUCCUCAAAGUUCCCCCCAGUUCAAAAGUCCACGACAGACCCCUCCAUGUUAUCAGCGGUCAGGACUCACUCAGACAACCCCUCCAGCCCUAAAUCUAGUCCCAUUGUUCCAAGCAUAAUUUUAUCCAGCAGCACCUCAACGUCUUCUAAUCUACCAAGGGGAUCUUCCUACCCAACCACUGAACUAACACGCCCACCUCCAGGAGUAAUAAACUCUCUGGUAACAACAAAACCCCAGUCUCUAAACUUCCAAGGAGGCACAAUAUCCAUAAAUAGGCCUGCCAUUCCAGUACCUCAAAUGCAUGUGUCAUCCAAGACUGUUCCGGUGCUUUCACCCUUCCCUCUUCAAGGUUCAGGUUAUUAUGCAUCCGCGUCAGAGAUGAGAAAUUCUCCUAGGUGGGAAUUCCCGCAAAUGGAUUUACUUAAUGUCAAUGUUGGCUCUCCUAAUUUCAAUGUAGGAUCUCCCAGCAGAAGUUCUCCGAACGUUCGAGAGUCACCCAAAGCAAGACACAGGUACAUGCACAGUGCUCAGGAGUCUCCAAGAGAAUUUUCCAGUCAGAAGGAUCACUCUCCUGUAAGGUCUCCUCAGCAAGUUCACAUCAAGAUUGAACCUCCAGACUCUGCCCAGCAGGUGGAAUAUCGCGGGAGAGAGCAGAAUGAUCACGAGCAGCUAUGGCGCAAUGAGGCUGAGGCACAGGCGCGACUCCUUGAAGCUAGCCUGACUACGCCAGUCCCAAGAGGCAGUAGGGGGUUAAUAGGUCAAGGAGGGAUCGGUAGGACAUUAUGGGGAAUCUCAUCCAGGAGCUUACAAAUCAGGGACAAUGUGUACGUGGACACAACGGCGAGCUUUCCCACAUCGCCACGGACAGUCUCAGUCAGGUCGCCGUCAGGGACCAGUCGAAGACACGAUUCACACAAUGGUGCUAGUGAUUCCUCAGGGAGUCAGAGAACUUAUGCUUCAGUCAGGGAAACCUCAGAAGCACCUGCCACCAGUCCCAGAGUAGAAUACUAUCCAGAGCUAUCAAGAGACACUACUCAUAAUGACGAAGCCCACAGCCCAUCCAGCCACCCUGCCACUGUGAACAGCAGCUUCAGUAAGACUCUGAAAGGGAAAACUGGUUUAGAUUACAGUGGAAAUAGACGUGCUGUGGCAGAUCUAGUGACAGAACCUGUUAGUCCAACUGGCUUGCAAAUCAAAGAAGAAAACUGAGGGGUUGAACUGGUCACAGUCAGUGCCAUGAAGUGGAAUUCUAGAUUGUAUGACAACUCAGCACGUCGGUUUGUUACGUGAAGACCAGAACAGAUGUCUGGACUCCAGACUGCAGAACCAGAAACAGAAUGGAGUGAUGAACCGUUCAUGGGGUCCAUGCUCAUCCAAGGAUGCAGUCCCAGAUUAUCGGAGAAUGAGAAUUCAAUCGAGAACAGAAUGGCACGCUGCUUCAUUGGAAUUCAAGACCGAGGCGUCAGGAAGGUGGUUUUUUGGGGUACUUUUCGUCACCCUCUGGGUUAUCUUGGUGCUGCAAUAGGUUGUUGACAUGUAUAUGAAAACCUGAUAGUAAUUUUCUCCAGACCCGACCUGCUUUCCGGCACUACUCUCUUGUUGCCUGCUCUGCUGAUUUCUGUCCUCCCACUUGUUUUUAUCAUUGGCAAGAAGGCUUGUAAAAUUCAGGGCUUCCAAACAUACCUGCCCCCAAAAAAGGGCUGGCAUGUUCUGGUUACAGUCUUCAAAUGUGAGAAUAACAUUCUUGCUAUGAAGCUCGUGUAUCUGUUACAUUUCAUGACUAUCCCAUGAUACCCCGUCAUGUUUUCCAUACCAGGUAUUCAUCAGUUAUUACUUUCUUGAUCUGUCUGUGAGUUUACUCUCUUUUGCUUCAGCCGAUUUAGAAAUUAAAAUUGAAAACCUUUUGAACAGAGAAAUUGACUGGAGCGGGGUUGAACCUGUGACUUCCUGAUUACCGUUCCGGUGCUUUACCAACUGAGCUAUCCAGCCCUAUGU